CAGUUCGAAUUUUCUUCCCUUUUUCUCAGGGAAAGCUGUUUUCUUGGCUUGGUCCUUUGGACCAUCUGUGUUUCUUUCAUUAGUCCUGGAAUAACGGGUUGGUUAGCCGUUUUGUUGAACGAUGUCGUCGAAAGACCAAUUGUUUAAGUCGGACAAUUUGUCCGACGCUUAUGACAUCAACCAACUGUUCUCAACGAAGACCGUUGCCGAAAUUCGGACUGUGAAGCAAAAAAUCGUUGAUGAUGUGGAAAAGAAGAAAGCGGAUCUCCGCAACAUGGUUGGCGAACGAUACCGGGAUCUGAUCGAAGCCGCGAACACCAUCGCAUCCAUCAAGACUGGUUCGGAAGAAGUAAGGAAGUCCAUUGAGAAGAUUGAGUCUAUUACGUGCGGGAUUUCGGGGGAAAGAUUUCUGAUCGUUGGCGACUCAAAGCUUCGCUGUGAUAGCGUUUCUGACGGCAAGUAGGUACAGCAUGGUUGACCACCUUGGGAUUUUUCGGCGAGGAAGAACAAUUUGCGGAAAUUCU